GUGACGCAUGCCCGGCGCAACGACACCCGUGCCGCUUGCCCGCCGUUCCUUCUAAUUCCGCCUGUGAUUCAUGGGACGACGAAUUACAACCAUUUCUUGAGCGGCUGAAGGAACUCUUUCUCUUUCUCUCUCUUUGCCCUAACAACCCAACAAGCCACAUCUCGCUAGCCCGCCAUGUCGGCUUCAAAUAGCCAAGGCUCCCCCUCGGGAGACCUGGCGUUGGACAUCCUGACGGCCCUUUCGCAAAAGGAGCCCAUCCUUACUACCGACACCUUUCCCGAUACCAAGUUCGUCGAGCUCAAGAGCGCACUCGACAGGCUCAGCUCGCGGUCCAUGGUGGCUUACAAAACCAUUGACCGGGAAGAGUGCCUCUUGGAGCCCGAGGCCGAGAAGAUCGCCGCCAGUGGCAGCCACGAGGCCCGCGUUUUCGAGGCAUUGCGCGCUGCUGUCGAGGGUCUGACUGUCUCAGAGCUUGAGCAAGCAGUCGGAGACAAGGCCGUCACCAAGCUGGGCCAGGGCAAGGCCUUCAAAGAGAAGUGGAUCUCCAAGUCCAAGGACGGCAAGAAGCUUAUGGCUGUGGCCGAGUCGAUCCAGGACGUUACGCGCGAGCAGCUCCUCACUAUUCAGUCCUCGCGCACCCACCCUGACCCCAAAGUGCUCGCCGAUCUCAAAAAGCGCAAGCUUAUUAGGUCGCAAAAGGUCAUCAGCUUCGAGCUGUCCAAGGGCCCCAAGUUUGCGCUAGAAAUCGCAAAGGAGGAGACGGACCUCACGGCUGAAAUGUUGGCCUCGGGCGCCUGGAAGACGGCCACCUUCAAGCCGUACAACUUCAACGCUCUAGGCGCCAACCAGGAUGCCGGCGCCCUGCACCCCCUCAGCAAGGUCCGCACCGAGUUCCGUCAGAUUUUCUUCGAAAUGGGCUUCGAGGAGAUGCCGACAGACCGGUACGUCGAGUCGGGCUUCUGGAACUUCGACGCCCUGUACGUGCCCCAGCAGCACCCCGCCCGCGACCUGCAGGACACCUUCUACAUCUCGGACCCCAAAGCCGCCGACCCGCCACGCCCCUCGUCCAACGACGCAGCCUCGCAGGCCGGUUACGACGAGUACUGGAAGAAUGUUCGGCAGGUACACGAGUCGGGCAAGUACGGAUCUAUAGGCUACCGGUACCCCUGGUCGCCCGACGAGUCUCUGCGGCUGGUGUUGCGAACGCACACGACGGCUAUUUCGACGUCUAUGCUGCACCGCCUCGCUAGCACCAAGGGCCCCGACGGACGCCCGCCGCCCGCGCGCUACUUCUCCAUUGACCGCGUGUUCAGGAACGAGACUGUCGACGCUACGCAUCUGGCCGAGUUCCACCAGGUAGAAGGCGUCAUCGCCGACUACGGCCUGGCGCUGGGAGGCCUCAUGGAGUUCAUGGAGAUCUUCUUCAACAAGAUGGGCCUCACAGACCUGCAGUUCAAGCCCGCGUACAACCCUUACACGGAGCCCAGCAUGGAGAUUUUCGCAUACCACCAGGGACUGGGUAAGCUAGUCGAGAUUGGCAAUAGCGGCAUGUUCCGCCCCGAGAUGCUCGAGUCCAUGGGUCUCCCCAAAGACAUGAGAGUCUACGGCUGGGGCCUGAGUCUGGAACGCCCAACCAUGAUCAAGUACGGCAUCUCCAACAUCAGGGAGCUGGUGGGUCACAAGGUCGACCUGAACUUCAUCGCCACAAAUCCGGCAGUGAGGUUAGACAAGGACUAAGCGGCCUGUCGCUAGGCCGGGACAACUUCACUUCUCUUCUUGGGCCUGUGGCAUUGUAGGGCUAUAUAUGGUGCUUAUUUUCAUGGAAGUGCCUUGGACAGAGUUAUAAAUGUUGGUUCAACAAGGCCUAGGGAGGGAAGGAGGCUAAAAAUGAAGAAUAAAAGUAAACAAAAACACAAAAAAAAAGAUUAAACGGCACAUAAAGAGAGAACUUGAAGGGAUGUUGGAGUCCGUAGUCAGCUGGAUACGAGCUAUAGCUAAACUCUAGAAUGCAUUGAUUGAGGACUACUUUUGCUGUUGGAUAUUGGCCAUUUCAUUGCGCUCAACCUAAA